CUGCGUGAGUGGUACUUACAGUACUGCAGCCUCAGGAGAGGUGCUUCUGGAGCUCGGAGUGGUGCCGGAGCUGGUGCUAGUGCUUCCCCUCCUAGGCGGGAGCUCCCCUCUCCCCAGCAGCUCCGAGAGUGGUACGCUAGGCGCUGCAGUCUCCGGAGUGGCGCUCCCGGUGUCGUGGACUCUGGAGCUUCUGGAGUUACUGGAGGUGCUGCUGCUGCUGGCGGUGCGGCUGGCGCUGCUGGAGGUGCUGCUGGUGCUGCUGGAGCUGCUGGAGGUACUGCUGCUGCUGGAGGUGCUGCUGGCGCUGCUGGAGGUACUACUGGUUCUGGUGCUGCUGGAGCUGCUGGAGGUGCUGCUGCUGCUGGCGGUGCAGCUGGCGCUGCUGGAGGUGCUGCUGGUGCUGCUGGCGCUGCUGGAGGUGCUACUGGUGCUGGAGCUACUGGAGCUGCUGGUGGUACUGCUGCUGCUAGCGGUGCUGCUGGCGCUGCUGGAGGUGCUGCUGGUACUGGUGCUGCUGGAGCUGCUGGAGGUGCUGCUGCUGCUGGUGGUGCUGCUGGCACUGCUGGAGGUGCUGCUGGUACUGGAGCUGCUGGGGACCCUGCUGCUGCUGGCGGUGCUGCUGGAGCUGCUGGGACUGGCCCUGCUGAGGGGGUUGGAGCUGGAGGUGCUGAGCGGCCACGGCCGUACUACGUUCCGCUCCUUCAGCAGGUUCUUGGCCUUCCGCCCUCUCCUGGUCCUACUCCUCCCCUACUGAGUCCACCGCUUGUCCAGUCGCAGUCACAGUUACAGCCAGUCUCUCCACUUCCUGGUCCUUCUCCCUACACUGCGCCGACGGGAGGUCUUACGGAGCGUCGUGAGCCUGAGUCUCGUCCUCCGUCGCCUGAGACUCGUCCAGAGUCGUCUGAGUCGCGUCCAGAGUCGCCUGUCCGCGCUGUCCGCGCUGGUCGUCGUGUUCCACGUCAGCGUCCUCCUCCUGUCCUUGGCACUCACUAUAUGACCCUGCGUCCCUCUACUGCUCCACAGCGUGUCCCACUGCCGUCUCCACCAGCGUCCUCUCUUCCUGCUCUUGCUGACCCGGAGUCUGACUCUCUUCGUGCUGCCAGUCCUACUGUCACGCGUCUCCUUGCCACUGCUAUCACUGACCCUUCCUUUGAGUCCUCUGCUGCGUCUGCUCUAGUCGCUGAGCUUGUUGACUUUGCUGCUGCCUGUCGUCUAGACUACGCCGCUAGCCUUGUUGCUGAGUCUGAGUCUGUCUGUCCUCCGUCUGUCGGGGGUGAGUGUGCUCUUGGCACGGACGUCCUUGAGGACAGACAGGAGGAGUUUGAGUGCUUUGCCGCUGCUUUGCCUCAUCUCGUGUCCAUGCUAGUUGCCCCUGAGGGAGACCCGGAUGCACCAGACAUCCCGACCCCACGCUCCUACGCAGAGGCGAUGGAGGGUCCCUACUCCUCUCAGUGGCAGACAGCCAUGGACGCAGAGAUGGCUUCCUGGAAGUCCACAGGCACCUACGUCGACGAGGUUCCCCCACCUGGGGUGAACAUCGUCAGUGGCAUGUGGAUUUUCAGGGUGAAGCGGCCGCCGGGUUCUCCGCCUGUCUUCAAGGCGCGUUACGUUGCACGAGGCUUCAGUCAGCGAGAGGGAGUUGACUUCUUCCAGACCUUCUCCCCGACCCCGAAGAUGACCACUCUUCGGGUUCUGCUGCACGUCGCUGCUCAGCGUGACUACGAACUCCACUCUCUUGACUUCAGCACUGCGUUCUUACAGGGCAGCCUGCACGAGGAGAUCUGGCUGCGCCGCCCACCUGGCUUCACUGGGCCGUUCCCUCCUGGUACCCAGUGGAGCCUCCGGCGGCCAGUCUACGGUCUACGCCAGGCACCCCGUGAGUGGCACGACACACUGAGGACUACUCUUGCUGCUCUUGGGUUUGCUCCUUCUACUGCUGACCCGUCGCUGUUUCUACGCACCGACACCACUCUGCCGCCGUUCUACGUUCUUGUUUACGUAGACGACUUGGUCUUUGCUACUGCUGACACUGAGGCACUCGCCCACGUGAAGUCGGAGCUGCAGAAGAGACACACGUGCACAGACCUGGGUGAGCUGACAAGCUAUCUUGGCUUGCGGAUCACCCGGGACAGAGCACAGCGCACCAUCACCUGGACUCAUUGUGAGGCUGAGAUCUACGCCACAGCCAUGGCUGCACAGGAGUUACGCUGGCUCACCUACCUGCUGACCGACCUGGGAGAGCGGCCUCGUUCUCCUCCAGUGCUGUACGUUGACAACAAGGCCGCCAUUGCCUUGUGUGAGGAGCACAGACUGGAGCACAGGACGAAGCACAUCGCUCUGCGCUACUUCCUUGCUCGAGAGCUGCAGCAGCGUGGUCAGCUUCGUCUGCGUUACGUGGCCACUCGGGCCAACACUGCUGAUGUGUUCACCAAGGCGCUUCAGCCUUGUGACCAUCAGCGUUUCUGUACUGUUCUAGGCCUUGUGCCUACUCUCCCUCACUUGCUCACUUCUUGA